GCAUCGACAAUAUUGCAGAUGUUGCCAGCAUCACACAUAAGUUGUAGCCUAAAGCUAGGUAAUACUAUAAAACAAAAUAUAUUCUACGAGUGUCUUUGUCCUGUUUUUUUUAGCGAUCUAGUAAACUGUUAAAUAUAUACAGCGCAUAAUUUGUUUUAAGGUGUAUCCAGAUAGCCGCCUUUCCCGCAUUAGCGAGAACAAAAAGCAAGGAAUGACAGACAUCACAUCUUCUAGCUGCGAGGAUACUAGCCAGCUAGCUAAUGGGUUUGUCGGAUACGUCUAGGUUGGUUACCCUUUACUACUGACUACCUAGCUAUCUGGCAUAGUUAGCUUUAGGUAGCAAUAGGCUCCAAGGUAGUUUAUAAUAAUUCUGAUUUAAGAAAUCGACGUAAUUUGAGGGAAAAUGGGCGUACCGAGUCUGACGUUGGACACCAACGGGUCAAUGGUGGACCUGUCAGGCCAGGGCCUCCAGAAACUGGAGCCAAACUUCCCCUGUCCAGCAGAUACUCACACACUCAUUCUGGACCGAAAUCACAUCAUCAAGCUGGAGCACCUGGAGAAAAGCCACAGGCUCCAGCAGCUGUCAGUUGCCAGUAACCGGCUGGUGCGCAUGAUGGGAGUUUCACAGCUUACUUCACUUAAGGUUUUGAAUCUGCCCAACAACAGCAUUGGCUACAUCGAGGGCCUGAAAGAACUGGUGCACCUGGAGUGGCUCAACCUGGCUGGGAACAAUAUAAAGGUCAUGGAGCAGAUCAACACCUGUGUGGCCCUCCAACAUCUAGAUCUGUCUGACAACAACAUCUCCCAGAUCGGUGACCUGACCAAGCUCUCUGCCUUAAAGACACUCCUCCUCCACGGGAACAUCGUCACCACGCUGCGCGCUGUCCCCGCCUUCCUGCCCUCGCGGCUGACCAUCCUCUCCCUCGCGGAGAACGAGAUCAGAGAUCUCAACGAGGUAUCUUACCUGGCACCUCUGCUUGACUUGGAGCAACUGUCAAUCAUGAGUAACCCCUGUGUCAUGGCAACGCCCUCUCUGCCUGGAUAUGACUAUCGUCCAUAUAUUGUGAGCUGGUGUUUGAGCCUGAAGGUCUUGGACGGAUAUGUGGUGUCGCAGAAGGAGGGGCUGAAGGCAGAGUGGCUCUACAGCCAGGGCAAAGGUCGCUCUUACAGACCAGGGCAGCAUGUGCAGCUGGUCCAGUACCUGGCCUCCGUCUGCCCCCUGACCUCCUCUUCCGCACUGCAGUCCGCUGAGGACGCCAAGUUGGAGAAAAUCCUGAACAAGCAGAGGCUGCACCAAAGACAGCUGCUCCAGCAAACCAGGAGGGAGUCCUCCCCCAGCCCGCCCCGCCCCACGCAGCUGGACGUGGAGCAGCUCCACCCCUGCCACGCCCUUCCGGGCGGAGUCAGCAACAGGCCAGGCACACCUGAGGCUCCUGCACUCAUCAAGCACACAGAUCCUGGGGUGCAGGUGAACAGCUGGCUGGGUAGCGAUCACUCCUACGCGGCGCCCCUGGCUGGCCGCACCCCCCCGUCGCACGGGGAGCCCCUUUACCUGGAGGACGUGCAGACGGACGAGGACAGGCUCCACUGCAGCCUGCUGUGCUCCGAGUCCACCUUCCUGUACCCCUCCCCCCCCCAAGCGCCGGCGCACGCAGCGCAGUCCGACAGCGAGGAGGAGACGUACGAGCCGGACUCCCUGGCCCCCGACGCCCCCCAGGAGCCGCGGCGCGUCGCCGACGGGACCGCCGGCCUCCCGCUCGCGCCCCGCGACCCCCCCCGCGACGCGCCCCAGGCGGCCGGGCAGGACCCGCAGACAGACGGGGGGCGCCGUUCGCUGACAGACGGACCCUCUCUGCAGACGGACGGAGAGCUGGUCCCGGGGGCGUGCUCGGACUGCGCCGUGCUGGAGGCGGAGCCCCAGCAGGAAGAGGAAGUGGUGGCGCGGUGUAACGGGGCGGGGCUCGGCGCGGGGCUCGGCGAUGGGAACGCGGCGGCCGCGGUGCGGAUCCAGGCCUGGUGGCGAGGCCUCUCUACCCGCCGGUUCCACCCGCUGGCCAAGGAGGUGCGCUCGGAGAUCCGGCUGCGCAGGAUGCAGGAGCACAUCGUCCACCUGUCUGCAGAGAUGGAGCGGAUGCAGAGAGAGCAGGAGGAGGAACGGCUGCAGAGGCUGGUGCAGGAGGAGGCGGUGCGCUUCCUAUGGACGCAGCUGCAGUCGGUGUUGGAGUGGCAGCGGUCUGUGCAGGAGCAGCUGCAGGGCGCGUCUCGGUCACAGCUCAGCGGACAGCGCCCCCUGCAGGCCGCAGCUGCCAGCACCCUAAACCCGGCCUGCAGCGAGGCCUCCUUCCCCGACUCCGGCUUCCAGUCCACAGGCGACCCGCAGGGGGCGCUGGAGGACAGCCUCUGCAGCGGGACGGGAGAGUCUGUGGAGACGGUGCGGGCUGGCAGGGGGGGCGGGGCGGCCACGGAGGGCGGGGAGGGCGCGGGGGCUGACAGCCAGGACAGUAGUCUCCUGCAGCAGUACCUCUCCUCUGUACAGCAGCUGGAGGAGGCCGAGGAGGGGGCCAGCGACCGAACAGGAACACCCCUGGCACCCUCCCCUAUCCCAGAACUGGCAGUGCGUGACUCCCCCUCCGGCGUGAACAGGAACGAGGAAACGGAACGGCAAAAGAUACUUCUAGAGGCUGGAAUAUGAGGCCUGGCGUAUCACACGUACACACGUAUACCCUAACACACACACAGUAUAAAUAUGUACAUCUCUCAUAUGCAAACUAUGCUACCUGAAGUGCAAGGUACAUGAACACACCAAGUCAACAACUGUAGGACAGAACUGUACAAAUAUAUAGACAAUAUAACAGACUUAAUAUAUAAUGUAAACCAGGCAUUUGAGUUUGUACGGAAAGCCAGGCCAUCUUCUGCUAUUAUCAGCAGCUGUGGUGCAUGCUGGGUAGAACAGCCUGCAGGCUUGUAACCAAUCCCACUGGCUUAGCCUACUGUCUGUACUCACCAUAGUCUGGCUCUUUUAAUUAUUUGUUGAUCUUACAAAGCCUAUGUAAACCAGACUAGAGUGCAGUUGCGGUUUUAGCUCUUAGUUUUGGGUUACCUUGGCUUUUUGAGGUUUAAACUCAUUUUCAUGUUUGUUGGCUACCUUGCUUUUGCAGAUGCGUGUCAGGUUGAUCCAUCCAUGCCUCUUCUCCAGCAGAUCCAGUUCCUCAGCUGGGUAGAGUUUUUAGUUUCAUAGCAGUAAAACAAGGAAUGCUGAUUUCCAUAAUCCUGUAUACAGCAUCUGUAUUGUCUUCUCUCAACACAAUUUGUGUUUUAUGUUUCAGUUUAUAUUAAAGAUUGACCGAUUUUUUAAUUAA